AUGGCUGGAGGGAGGGACUAUGGCUUCGAUUUCAUGAAGAGCAGCCAUCACGAGCAACGAUUGCCAGGCGGAGGCUCGUCUUCAUCAUCGACGCCCUGGCUCGGGGGCAGCGGAGCGGUGGGCGCGGCGGGCGCCUUUGCCCAUACCAAGGAACCGGAGAAGAAGUCGGACGCUGAGCUGCAGGCGGAUGUGGUGGAUUUCCUCAAGAGGCGUUUGCAGCUGGGGAAAGGGCCGGCUACCAUCACGGAGAUCUCCGACGGGACCGACGUGGAUCUCCGAAAAGGCCGCGACGAACAUGUGCUCGAGAUGCUCGUGGCUAAUCCCAAGGUGGAGGCGUUACACGACGAAGACCCCCUGCAGGAAACAGCCUUCACCUACAUGGCCAAGUACGCGGUCACGAACAAGAGCGAACUGCUCCAGUUGAUCAACAGGUGCAAGGGGGGUAUCUGUUGGGAAGAGCUCAAGGACACAUACAGCUCGGUGGAGGGGGAUAUGAAGGCCAUGCAGGAGGCUGGCAAGGUCAUCGCGGUCGUCAACAAGGAGACUCACAAAAUGAACUUGUACCCGCGAGGGGAUGUCUUCCUCACCGAGCUCCCCGGAUCGAUUCGGAUAAAGCCCGGGUCGGAGGUAGCCUUGACGGCAGAGGACAUGAACCAGCACAUCCGGAGGGGGGAGGCGGUGCGCAUCUCGGGGCAGUGGUUCCGAGUGUCAUCCGAGACUGUGGGCAACCAAACCCUGCGCUCCGCGGCGCCCUUAACUGUGACCAUGAACGCAGACCUUUCCGUCCGGUGAGAGACAAGAUGGAUGUGCUCCUCUUAAUGAAGGUUGGCACAAUUAUUUUUUUCUUUUUCUGUUUUACCGUAUUAUGUAUGGUGUCUGGGCACGACUUCGUGCGUGGUGCGCGAGGUGUCUGUCAUCAACACUGCCUAUUCAUGACAAUCGGA